AUGAGUCAAACCUCUCGCGAAUCAUUCGCAGACGAUGCAUCCGCCAGAACAAGCGUCAUCGGCAAGGCCUUGGACUUGCUCUCUCAAAUCCAUGUAGCAUUUGUCACUCCCGUAAUCGAUGAAGACCUGAGCGCCCCAGUCAGUGAGGGUCAAGAAGAUCCGAGUCUGGAGGAUGCGAAACGGCGACGCACACUCCAUGCUUUAUUGGAUCUCAUAUCCUUGGAAGGGAUCUACCCUUCCCUUUCGUCUGGAGUAGGCAUCCCCCUCCAGCAAAGAGUGAUAUCUGUCUUGCCAGCUGGCGUGAUUGCUCAGCAAGAUGCUCCUGCGCAUGAAGACCCUCAGGAUGUUCCCUUACUGCGCCGCAUACUGACGGCAUUAUCCGGUAUCCUAUUCGAUCCUCGGCCUAGCAUCCAGCCUGUGAUCACUGGCCGCAUUCUGAGUGAUAUGAUAAGUGCAUCGUCGGACCUAGGCUUCAAUCCGAGACUACCAGCUAGCAAUGACCAAAUCCAAUACCGGCAAGUUCUAGCCAGAGUAGUUGAAGACACACCAAGUGCAAAUCUGCUGCCGACAUUGUCUGCUUUUCUUCAAUCAAAUCCUGUCCCGUGGUUCAAAUCUAUCAUCACAGGGCUUCUCUCAAGGGUCCCCUUGCGCAGCAAUGGAGUGCUUCAGACGAUCGUUUUUCUCGCCUCACAAUUUGCCCCAUCCAUGGGCGCUGAGGCCCAGGAGCAAGGGCCGGGUGGCCUGCAUAUUACUGUGAACGCAAUCAUGCACGCUUCGCGACUGCUUUCGGCUGUUCCCCAGGGAAUGGAGGCCGAUAACUACUUCAAGAUCAUAGGACCACAGCUAUUAGCAUUAAUUGAUGGCGAUGAUCCAGACCUGCGAAAGGCUGCUGCAUAUGUCGUGGGGAACGGCAUUCUUGGUAAAAAGGCUUAUGGCGCUCCUGGUACUAACGGGCAUUCAAUUUUUGUAGAGCCCAUCUUCAAGAUUUUGACAGGAACAGCAGACGAAGCCUCGCUUGCCUAUAUUGUGUCAUCCCAAGAUAUUCAAAGACCAAAAUCCAAGAACGUCCUGGCUAGCGAGCCUGAGGUUUUACUGGCAAUCAGCAGGCUGAAAACAUUGGUCUUACAGCCGCCGAAUCCUGGACUCGUCAGAAGAGUUGUUUACCCAAUUCUUCUUCCGCUCUGGGGAUUGGCAUGCUUCAGCGCACAACUGCAACUUAAAUUUAUCCAUGAGGAUGUCAUGAUUAUACUGCAAACCUACUUUGGUAUAUCCGUUGGGUUUCCCCCUUUGAAGAAAAUUGUGGAUAACUUCCUGUGGAGUGGUGGCUCUACAUGCACAUACGGCUCGGAUGCGUCAAACAGAAUCCUAUUGAGGAAGCCGAGCGUUGAGAGCUCUGGCAAAAACAUAGUCGGGCUUGUCGAUGACCUACAAUCUCGAGCCAAGUUGUUCAUGAGCCUACUGAAUGCCGAUCCGAGCCGUGACGAGCAGACCGGCGAAGUCUUCUUAUAUGUCAGCGAAACGUGGCUUACACAACACUCGAACAGCGCUCACACAUUGAAUCAUCUUCAACUACAUCCAGACAAUGAUGGAUCCGAGGGUAUCAUUCAAAAGCUAAUUAGCGCGAAGCUUGCCGAAACGCUUCUGGAUACCUUCAAAGACACACUUUCACGGCGGCCUUUCAAGGUCCUUGAGCUCGUCAAGCACAUAAUAGAUGGCGAGCUCAGGCAAGCGAGUACUCUGGCGAAAGCGAGAGGCCCUGCCUCCGGAAAGGUUUCCCUAUCGUCCUUGGCCAAUAUCGUGCCAUCGGAGCAAGCUGGACCCAACGAGGCGACUGAGUCCGACUCUGCUGAGUCGCUUCAGGUCGUGUUCAGCUUACUUUCGACAAUUCUCGCGUCACCUGAAUUCUCCAUAUCAAAAGAAACGAGUGAUCUUCUCGCAGAGGUCAAAGAGAAGCUAGACCAGCUUCUUCCACAUUUACCCUCAUCACUAUCAAAAUCCGGAACAACAGCCUCCAUGCUCCUUGAAAUCCAGCUCGACUCACCAGAACACCAGGAAUCUAAAGGGAAGUCAAACGAAAUUCCAGACUUCGAAAUCCAUCGCCGUGCUUUAAUGAACCUCAACUCGGACCUUCCGCCGGUCCAAGCAGAAGGAUUCACGCUUCUUUCGGACCUGGUCAAGAAAUCUUCCCCAAUCCUCGAUAUACCAUCUACACUGACUCUCCUCUUGUCCAUCAUAACCGACUCUUCAGAAACAACAGCCAAUGACGAAUUCAUAUACCUAAACGCAAUCAAAUUGAUUGGCACAUUAGCCUCCCGGCAUCCGCGCACCGUGAUUAAGACGUUAAUCGAGCGCUACAUCGACAGAAGCGAGAACGCAACCCUCGACCAAAGACUCAAAGUCGGAGAAGCUCUCCUCCGGACAGUCCAGGACCUCGGCGAAGCCCUCGCCGGCGAAACCGCCAAGGUCCUAGGCGAGGGACUAAUCUCCGUCGCAGGAAGACGGGCAUUGAAACCCCAAGCGCAGAAAACCCGCAAGCAAGCCUUCGAUCAGGAGAGGCGGAAAAAGGAACGCGAAGAGCGCCAACAGCAGAAAGACGCCGCGUCCGGAUGGAAGCUCUCAGCGCCAAAGAUUGCGGAAGAGAUCCUAGGCAAUGACGACUCCGACUCAGAGACACCCGAGCAAGCAGCCCACUCUGCAAACAUCAUUUCCGCCUGGGCAGCUGGGUCUGCUCGCGACGAAGAACCCGACGAUCUGCGCGUCCGCGCCUCAGCACUCUCCAUUCUCGCAACAGCCGUCCAAACGAGCAUCACAGGCCUCGGCCCCUCCAUCCUCUCGUCAUCCGUUGACCUCGCCCUCGCAACCCUAACCCUCGAACCAGACAACGAGUGGGCGAUUCUCAGACGCGCCAGCGCCGUCCUCCUCCUAGACAUCCUGAAAGCCAUGGAUACCGCGCGCGAGAACCGCAAGACGCAGGAUCUAGGCUUCGGAUUCACGCUCGCGGACGAGUCGUCUCGUGGUUUUGGAGCAGGCGGUGAUUAUAGGAGGGGUCCUAGUACUAUUGGGAAUAUCCCGCAUAUGCUGCGCACUUUGGCGGGCGUGGAGGCCCGCGAGACGGACUCGAUUGUCCGUGGGCAUAUUCGGGUUUUGACGGAGAGCUUGGAGGCUUGGAUUGAGAAGUCGCUUUUGUGGGGUGUUGGGCAGUACGCUGGGGAUGGGACCAACAAUGAGGAACCGAGAUUGGAGCUGGGCGAUCAGAUCGCUGGGUUGAGGGUCAAUCCUUUGGCUGGGAGGGGUGGUGGUCGUGGGGAGAGGCCGAGGAUUGAGGAAAUUGAGUAG